AUGGUCGAGAACCUCAGGAAGACCGGCCAAGCAAACAUCAGCGCCGGAGCCGUCCAAGCACGCAUCUUCAAUCUCGACAAAUACUGGGAGAAAUUCGAGAGUCAACACGAAGUUCUUCUCAACAAAUUCAAUGAUGAGUUAAAGAAGCACGAUUAUACAACGUUCUCAUCCAUGGUGGAAGAAGAGUACAAGUCUCAACGCGGCACGCUCAUCGACUUUGCUACAAGGCUAACAGGAGAACCAAGGAAUUCUUCUGCAAACACCCAACCACAGCAGAGCAACAGCCGAGAUACAUCGAUCAGCGAAGUCGAGAAACUCCACUACCUCAAGGCGAGCCUGAAGGGGGAGGCCAACUUAUUGGUAAAAACUCUCAGCAUCACUGCAGAAAACUACAAACAAGCCUGGAACACGUUGAGCGGCCUGUACGAAAACAAAAGGGCAUUGAUCAGAUCAUGCCUCACCAAAUUCACAUCCAUCCCAAAGGCAAAGGCGGAAUCAGCAAGCGAAAUACAAAGGAUCUUCCAUGGCAUGAUCUCAACCAGCAGCUCACUUGACGCCAUUGAAAGACCCAUCGGGCAGCACGAGGACUUGUAUGUCUUCCUGGUGGUCGAACUAUUCGACAACAAAACACGUCGAGAUUGGGAGAGCUCUAUCGCCGAGACAACGGAGCCUCCUACCUACAAACACCUCAGGAACUUCUUCGAACGCCGAAUCCAGACGCUUGAGGCAAUCCAGCAACCAAAGGGAGAACAGAAACCUCCCAAGCCAUCACCACAAUGGAAAAAUGCACAUCACGCCAAGAACAACACGGGAAGAAGAAAGCAAGCACACUACAUCAUGUUCUGCCCAACCUACAAGGGCAAACCAGCCAGGGAACGGUUGGACACAAUUUUGCAACACAACCGCUGCACCAACUGCCUGGGCAAGCACAAUCAUCACGAAUGUCCAUCCAAGAAGACGUGCCGAACUUACUCGGAGGGACAUCACACCACGCUGCACGAUGCCUUGGCCGCUCCGAAGCCAGCAACCUCAGCCAAUUGCCUCAUUGCCAAGCAGCGCCCAGCGACAACAGUAUCCGUUCUGCUAGCCACAGCCCGUAUCCGGGUAGCAGAUCGCUUCGGCAACCUACACCACACACGAGCGCUCAUCGAUCAAGGUUCCGACACAAAUAUGAUCACCGAGAGGCUAGCACAACGCCUCCACAUCACUCGAGCAAAAACAUCAAUCGCCAUUUUCGGAGUAGGUGGAGUCCAAACCGCAACAGCAAAGGGGAAAGUCGAGCUGAAGGUUACUGCUCGUCACAAGGACACCACCAUCGGAACGACAGCACUGAUCCUCCCCAAACUGACACUCUACGGCAACAACGUAGAAGAAUCUAGGCGGGAGUGGAGUCACAUCAAAGGGCUCGAUCUAGCAGAUCCAGACUUCGAAGCCUCCGAUCCCAUCGACGUCCUCCUCAGGGCCGACAUCUACGCUCAAAUCAUGGACACCAGUCCCCGGAAGGGAGUGAGCCACCACUGUUCAACGAGGGACUCACUAUCAUCCAUAGUUCGACAGUUCUGGGAACAGGAGGAACUACCCAACGCUCCUUCUUCCUUGACAUCCAACGAGCGAAUUUGUGAGGAUACAUACGCCACCAGACACUCACGAACACCCGAAGGUCGCUACAUCGUGCGACUAUCAACGUCAUCAAGAACAAUGGACUUGUCGGACACCCGGAGAGCCGCCGUAAGAAGUUUCAAUUACACCUUCAAGCGCUUUAGACACAACAAGGGGCUUGAACAACAGUAUCAGGAGUUCAUGUCUACCUACGAAGCCAUGAAACACAUGGAAGUGGUCGGACGACCCAAGCCAACUAGCAACGUCUGCUACCUUCCUCAUCACGGACUAUGGCGAGAGUCCAGCACCACUACACCACUUCGGGAGGAGAAUUUGCUGCCAGCUCUAUCUGACCUCUUGCUCAGAUGGAGAACCCAUCGCUUCGUCAUCGCUGCUGACAUCGAGAAGAUGUACAGGCAGAUUCUCGUACAUCCAGACGACAGAGACCUCCAAAGAAUACUGUGGAAAACCGAGCAAGAUCAAGACCCACGCGAAUACCGAUUCAACACCGUGACGUACUGUCUCGCUUCUGCUCCCUUUCUAGCCAUCAGAACCAUCCAACAACUGGCUCAUGAUGAGCAGGCAAAUUUCCCACUUGGAGCAUCUACUCUUCAACGAGACAUCUACGUUGAUGACAUCCUCACUGGGGCAGAUAAUCAAACGCAACUCCUCAGUCUUCUAAAGGAACUUUGGGAGAUAUGCAUGGCGGGCGGAUUCCCACUCAAGAAAUGGAUGUCAAACAACUCCACUCUGCUCACACACAUUCCAGAGUCAGAUCGUUUGGUGAAGGGCAACAUGUCUUGGGCUCCAACAGAGGAAACUGACUCCACUCUAGGGCUUCAAUGGAGCCAGCAAUCGGACACCUUCCCAGUCACCGCUGCUCAACUCUUCGAUCCGUUAGGAUGGCUCACACCCGUAACAACUCAAGCAAAAAUCACCAUCCAGUCAACAUGGUUAAUCAACGCCAAGUGGGACGAUCCUCUUCCUCAACACAUCUCGCAAGACUGGAGGGAGUUUCACACUCAAGGGACAACAUUCGCCAACAUUCGCAUCCCCCGCUGGCUAAUUAGGACCAACAGAAUCGAACUCCGUGGGUUCUCAGACGCCUCCGAACAAGCCUACGCAGACGUACUUUACUUAAGAGCUCUCCAGGAAAACGGCCGUAGCGAAACAUCAUUAAUAGCCGCAAAGAGUAAAGUCGCACCACUAAAACAGGUGUCACUCCCUCGAGUGAAACUUUGUACGGCACAUCUACUCACUAAGUUGGCUCACCACACCCUCAAGCUGACCAACUGCAAUAAUAUCACAACAUACUUGUGGAUAGACUCCACUGUCACGCUGGGCUGGAUCCAGGCGCCUCCACGGAGAUGGACGACAUACGUCGCAAACAGAGUCGCUGAGAUCCAAACGCUGCUGCCAGAAGCCCAAUGGAACCACAUCCCAGGUCAGCACAACCCCACGGAUUGCGCCUCACGAGGGCUCUCACCACGGGACCUGCUCACACACCAACUUUGGUGGAAGGGACCAGAGUUUCUCUCCAAUGACGAGAAACCUCCGUGUAGUAAUCUCCAGACAGAUCUUGACAACCUUCCAGAAGGGAGGUCAACAGCCCAUGCAGCAACAGCCAGAGAACCACCAACUGAACCCGAGAUGCUCAGUCUGUUUUCCAGCUACAGCAAGCUGCUCAGGAUCACUGCUUGGUGUAGACGUUGGCUUCUCCAAAACCUAUCUAACCAAAACAAUCACGGAAAUCUCGUGUCCCCAGCCGAGAUCAUCCAAGCCGAGAUCACGUGGUUAAAACUCGUGCAACAACACCAUUGGAAGGAAGAGCUCAGACACCUUGCACCCGGCGGCAUCAAAAAGGGAAGUUCAAUAAUAUCCCUAACUCCCUACCUAGAUGACAAGGGCAUUUUACGAAACAUCACGCCAGCGGUAUUGGAUCCCCCGAGGACGAAACCUCAUCAAAUCACGCAUACGCCAAUGAGUCACAUGUACGCGAUGGCGGGCGAAACCACCGCAACAACUCAUGGGAAAUUUACCGCGGUCACGAGUAACUCCAGCAAGACCGUUCCAAUUCACUGGAGUAGACUACGCAGGAUCGCCUUAAAAACUUCACCAGGACGAGGACACAAGACCACCAAGGCCUUCUUCGUCAUCUUCGUGUGCAUAGUGACCAAAGCAGCGCACUUAGACAUCGCUUCCGACUACUCCACGCAAGCCUUCAUAGCAGCCUUGAAGCGAUUCAUAUCAAGAAGAGGACUCUGCACCAAGCUCUACAGCGAUCGGGGUACAAACUUUGUAGGCGCAAACACCGAGCUGCAAAAGCUGAUCAAAGCUGCAACAAGCGAACACAACUCCUUCACAAAGGGGGUCGCUCAACUGGGCAUCACUUAG